GAACUUUAAAUCAGGGGAAAGAAAUCUAAGCUACUGUUAAUAAACAUGAGCAGAAGAUUGAAGGGGAAAGAAACGAAGAAGAACAAGAAGGUGGAAAGUAGGGAGUGACAUUGAAAGAAGAGAAAAAUAGCGAGGUGUUGUUUUUUGGGUUUGGGAUUGAUGAAGUCUGAAAAAAUUGUUGAUGUGGUGUUUUCCCAUUGGGUUGGGAUACCACGUUGCUGUAUCCCGGGGAUACAGCAGACUUUUUCCACUCCAUUGCUUCUCUCUUUGGCGCAAGCUCCUACCAUCAUGACCCUGCUGCCACGUCUUUUUUGUUUCAUAAUCGCCUCCGGUUGCUUCACUGCCCGGACCAGAACAUUGCUCUCGUGUUCUUCUCAACUGGGUCCAACCAUGACCAAGUAGAACCUGCAAUUGUUGCCCAAUCCUCUUUAUUUUUAUUGUGCUGCACUGUCAGAAUAUAAACUUGAAUUCUCUGACAAGACCACAUGUAUUCUAAUGUUAGUAGCUCUACUUCGCAGGGGACUAGUUUUUUUUAUUAUCUAGAGACUGGGGAUUAAACUCUAGAUCUGUGGGGGGACUAGUUGUUUUAGAAAGAUAUAAAACCUUUAAACAGUUCCUACCUCUCUCUUCAGCCUCUUAUUGUCUAUCUCAGAGGUGAGACCUGAUAAAAAUCUCUGUUUUGAAUUUGGAUCCUGUUUCUUGCACUUAUUUCUUGUGAUCAUUUCACCAUAGUAGCAUUGGUUAUUUUUAUGAAACAGGAAAUGCUGUUUUGGUCAUCUUAUGUUUUUGCUAAUCUGUUAAGCUUAUAUCCCAAGACGGAUAGAUAAAUACAGCCUCUGCUGAUUAAAAGAAUCUCAAGUCAAAAUCUUUCCAGUGGUUAUCAAUUCUCAGAUGUAUACUGCUAUCUUUGAAUUUCACCACGGUCUUUGAAGAGGUAUCCAGCAUGAAUGCAC